AUGCCGAAUACAUUCAAGCCUAUCGUAAACCCCUAUCGAAAGAAUAAACCUAUUAAUAGACCUGCAACUGGCUCUUCUGUACCAUCAACUGCAGCAGCACCGGUCAAAAAGCAGUGGAAUCCACAAAACAAGGCAAAUGUCAAGGUUCAGGGAAGGCCGUCGUCAGCUACGAAGCCGGUGACUCCCAUAAAUCGAAGCAACAUCAGAAAGACUCCAUCACAGCAGACACCUUCUGGAAUCACUCCUGUUGUUAAUGCAAACCCUAUUGCAUCGACAUCGCCACCGGUAGUACGAGGUCUGCCAAAGGUGACUCCUACCAAACGAACAACUCCUAUCAAACCCAGCAUGCUGAAAAAGAAGAAUUCCUUGAAGCAGCAAUUGAAGCAAGAACUUGCGCUUUUGAAGAGACGAAAGACGCUGUCAAGUUUGCAGAAAGAAGCCGACGAACGUCGUCGACAAAAAGAGAAGGAGAGGGCAGUCAAGAUGAAGGAACUGCAGGCAAUGCAAGAAGAACGUCAGAAGAUGAAGGAUGAGAAGCAGCGACAGAGGAUGGAAAUUCUCAAGCAGAAGGAAGAAGAGCGAAUAAAGAAGCAGCAAGAACGAGGAGCAGAGCGACUCCGUAAGCAGCAAGAACGUGAAAAGAGACUGGAAGAGAAGAGACUCAAGGAGUACGAAAUGCAUGUUGAAAACUGCACAGCCUACCAAAAAUAUCUGCUCCAGUGUCACCAAUAUCAACAAAAGGCAUUGCAACAUCGCCAAGAACAGCAGAAAUACCAAGCGCAGUAUGUGCAGUAUACUCGAAUGCAAGCUCAAGUGCUAAUGCAGGCGCAGAUGGGAAUGUUCCGUCAGCAUCCAAUGCCACAGCAAGGUAUGAUGGCUGCAGCUGGUAUGAUGGUAGCUCGACCAACAAUGGUUGGCAAUUUCAUGGCGCCCCAACAACCAGUCGCUGGUAAUUGGAAUGCCUGUUAUCAGGCCAACAACAUGGUUCCUCAGUUUUCAGUGGCAUUUCCUGUCGCACCUUCCCCUUCCAGUGGAAUGAUUACAGCAAAUCCCACUCCAACUGGAAAUUCGAAUCCGCCACAACCACUUGUUGGUACUGGUACGAAUCCUUCUAUUCAAGCUGCGGAUAAGCUUCCUCGAGACUCUUCAGCAGCUCCUACAGUUGCGAAUGAGUCAACCAAUGGUAGCAGCAUGGCAGCACCUGUUGCAGCUGUCCAUCCUCCACAACCAUCAAUCGUUGCGGGAAAUCCUCAGUUUCCAAGCCGCAUGAGUGCGUUUGUUCGACCACCUUUGCAAAAAGUGACGACACCACACUUGUUGCCACCACAAUUCAUGCAGCAGAUGCAUCCUGCUUACACGAGCGGUCCCUCCUACCCAGCAGCAGCAAUGGGAAUUAGUCCACCUGUGGCACCUGCUCCGCUUCCACACCCGCCUGUACCACCUACAGGUGUGCAACGCAUUUGGAAACCCUGGCGACAAGCACGUCCCCAAGCACAGCCACGGCCCAAACCCAUUGAAAUUGCACGAUUGUGCGAGGUCACCAAGGGGCCUUCUCCCUUUGCACACUACCAAUUGUUGGAAAUUAAGUUGGUCCGACCUGAGGACGAAAAAUCGUUUGGUGUAAGUUUGAAGUUGUUUCAACAGUCGACCUUGGUGGAUCCAGAAUGGUACGACGAACAAAUUAGAAAGCAUCUCGGUCUUGCUGCUCCAACCAAGACGACAAGCUUGGUCCCAGCAAUUGCAGCAGCCAAAACUGAUGAUGGAAGUAAUAUCUCAGGUGUCCAGAAUCCUCCCACUCCUGUGAAUUUGUCUACGGCAGCAGAUCAAAAGGAGUCCAGCGGUAACAGCGAAGAGGCUUCAAAAAAUGGCUCCAAUACUGACGAUAAAGUUCAGGUUGAGAAUGCGGCAAAGGCGAAAAGUCCAAAGCCAGCUGAAGCUAAAAAUCCAUCUUUGCCGCCUGGAUCUUCAACUCAAGAAGAGAAGCAACCAGAACCACAAAUUACAGCUGGAGGACAGAGUAGCGGUGAGAGCACAAUGGGUCAUUCGUCACUACCAACCAAUUUGUCAAACGGUCCUCCGUUGGCCAAAGACUCAACGACGCCAGAUAGUGCGAUCGAGAAAUCUUCCACCAAUCCAGAAGGAUCGACAAAUUUGACAGAAAAAGAGCAGCCCCAUUCUGCGUCUACUACUCCACCGACCCCAGAGGCUACUACAUCUGUCGUUCUUGAGCAAGUAAAGCCAACUGCGAUAUCCGAUAGACCCAGUGUUGUUGGUGACGUCAAACCAACAAGUGAUGGGUCAGUGCCAAAAGCAAGUGGUUCUGUCACUACUGCACCUACUCCCAUUGCAGUGUUGUCGUCAUCUCCUGCUGCUACCGCCAAAUCAACGAGACGCCGUCGACGACGCGUGAACUUCUCCGUGAUGUUAGUGGUCGACACUACGAAGCAGAAUGGAUACCGCGACAAAGCUGGACCUGAGUAUGGCACGACGCUCUUGCAAACUGGAGACAUUGUAGUUUCGAUCGGAGGAACGUCAAUUGCUAACAAAACAUUUGCACAAGCUUGUGCCGUCUUUGCGAGCAAAUCAGAGAACUCCAAUGGCUUCAUUUCCGCGAAUCUGGUAGUGGCCCGCAGACCCAAGCCUGCCCCGAAACCGUUGGCGCCCAAGUUGACAUCAAAGCUGUCAUCCAAGAUUCCAAAGGGACAAAAGCCCUCCAACGAUCCAAAAGGCAUGGUGCUGGCAAACUCCAACCAACCCUUUCAAGCCUAUGAAUUUGCAGCAAUCGCCGAUUCUAUCAUUCGUGCGAUUCAUCAACCUUCCAGGCUACUUGGACAGCAUGUUUCCACACUACCAGCGUUCGAACCAAUGAUAUCUAUGUUUCAAAAGAUUGGCACCUUGAAGAGCUUUGGAUUCGAAGAAGAUCAAUUCCCAGCUCGAAGCAUUCCUGCCCUUCAGACGCAAUGGAUUGAACAAUCGCGGCGAAUGGAAUCCGAGUUACGAGUGAAACACCAAGCGCAAUGGACAAAGAAAAUAGAGGCCGAAGGUGGAUUCCAGGAUGUCACGUUUUCAUCCGAUGCACAGCGGAGCUCCUUGCGUCAGAUGCCACGUCCUGUCCGUGGAUGUCGAUGCGGGAGAGAGGAUCACGAGUACUUGCAUGAUCCAAAGUGUCUGCUGUAUCGGGACAUCUGCCGUCUGGUGCCCCCGAAUGUCUUAUCGGGCUUGCUUCGAACCGAUAAGAAAGUAUCAAAGAAGAAGGAUGCUGGUUUGAACACAGUUGAAAAGGGAUUCAAGGACCGCCUAGUCAAAUUGAAAGCAAUCGCAGAGUUGGAGGAACAAGAAGCUAACUUUGUGGCACACAUGGAAGAAGUCCAAGUGAAGCAAUGCAAGAAGGCCGUAUUUGCUCCGACUGCACUUUCGUCCAUGAUUCUGUCUGCCGUAUUCGAGUUGCAGAGAGAAUUUCCCACCAACUUUGUUCAUUAUGACGAGGAUGACAGUGACAGCGACGACGAGGAGGAGGAGGUAACAGUUUCUGGCGAUAAGCGCACGGCUCAUUCCAGCAAGCGGCCGAAGAACAAAAGGCAAAAGCAAAAUGCUGCCGUUCCGAAGAUGAUCAACUUCCGAUACAUGCUCCGAAUGCUGCAAUACAUUAGCAAAACUUGGGGCCACGUCUACCGCGAACCAUCGCACGAGGAAUUUGCCUGGCGAUGGGAGUUGUUCCACGGCCAUCAUUCCUCCCAAGGUCAAUGGGAAUCACAAGCCAAGAAUCCACGUACACCAAAUUCGCUUCCAUUUGAAAUGAUUCAAGCUGGCGAAAUCGACGUCCAAUCGGCGGCCGAUCUAACCCUUUUGCGUUCGACUGUCGCUGAAUUUUACGGGUCUGUUGGAAAAGAGUUCGACGAUGUUAUGAAGCGCAUCGCAGCGCAGAAAGAAGCCGAGAAGAAAGCAGCUAUGGCACUGUCAAAACCAUUGACAAAAGAGAUGAGAACCACUCAAAGUACUACCGUAAAUCCACCACAAGCUAGCAACGCAGCUGAUCCGAAGAUCAAGGCAGAUGGAUCGGAUUUCGAUAUGGCUGAUGCGGUAACGGAAAUGAAUGUUUACAAGAACACCACCAAGCCGACAACAAUGGAGGGUUCGAAACUGAUGAUUGUGGAUCCUUCAGCUGCUACCACAUCAAAUGGGGUCACUUCAACGAAAGAUCUUGCAAACACCACCAAUGCUAGCACUUCGCCUGUGGAAGCAGCGAGCGAAGAUGUCAAGAUGGUUGAUUCGAAAGGCAUUGCUACAGCAAAGGAAAACAUCGGGCCUUCGCCAAACGCUGCGGCGACAGCCACUUCAACUGCUCCUAGCACUUUAGUGCCGAAAGUGGUUUCAAAGAAUGAAAGCAAUCUUUUGUCCAGUACCAACAGCACGGAUUCAACAGCAACCAACACUAUAUUUGGCUCUCCUGCACAAACCAAGAACGUAAACAUGUCCGAUGUAUCCACAGCCGUAAAGGUGGAGGAAAAGAAGAAGCCAUUACCUCGCUUUGACGUUAAUCAAGAAAGUGCUGACUACUUUUUGAUGGCAGCCCACUUGCUGUAUCCCUCAACAUCUGGUCUAUAUGAUGAGCUGAUGGCACUCCUAAAGAUGGAUGUAUUGAAACUGGAUCCUUCUGGCAUUCCUGGUCUGGCAAUGGAUUGGUACACCAAUGUGGAUAUAGUCAUUCUGGAAGACUUGGAUCGCUGUUUCGGAAGCGAUGCCGACCCAGAGGGAAGAUUCUGCAUCAAUGACGAGCUUCGAGAUACCUUGGAAGAAAAAUGGGUCAAGUUGGAAUAUGGGUGGGCUAUGACCGAUGAUUCGAGUGAUUUAGUCUUUGAAUAUGAUGUGAUUGAUGCCUGGCGAGAAGCCUUCCAAGGUGAAAUGGAAGAGCAAGCCAAUAUGGUAGAAGGAGUUGGUCGCUAUGGUUUAUAG